AUGUACAUCAGGACGAGAAUUGCACACGCAAGAUUGAUUAACGGAAAGUACGGCGUGCUCGCCCCAGAAAGCUGCGCAAACUGCCAGAGGAGAGGUACUGCUUGCAUGGUAUACCAUCCACAUCUCGAUGGAGGCGGAAGAGUACCGGGUUCUUAUUGCAACGAGUGUCGCGACCGCAGUGUGAAAUGCGAGAUCACCGCAGAUGUAUUCUCCAAAAUCCUGCUGGCUCCAGGUGAUACGGCCAGUGGACAGGAAGUCAACAAUGUGGAGACUGACAGUCAAGCGCAUGCACCAAAAGAAGAGGAUUACGAACAGGCGGACGAUACUUUAGUCGAAGAACACUACAGGGACGACGGUGACUCGUUCGUUCGCUGCAGUGUGCCAGGAUCUCCAUAUGAGGCGGAGCAUGACAGAGAGGAAGAGUUGCCUGAAGGAUCUGAGGAGGCAGUGUCUACAGCUGUGAUCUCCGACCAAGCCUCACCCGAAGACAGCGCGUUCUACCAAUACUCAAAGUACGCGGACCAAGGUCUUGGCUCUGCUAUAGGACGAGGCCACACGACAGAUUAA